AUAAAAUCUUAUUUUUUCGCGCAAUAAUAUUUAAAUUUGGAGUUGAAGCGAAAUAAAUAUGAAUCAAUUAAGAGUAGUAGGGGAGAUUUAAAAAUAAGAGAGAGAGAGAGAGAGAGAGAGAGUUAAGUGGCACAUUCUGAUUGGGGUAUAGAAAAACUUAAAAUAAAAAAAAGGAGUUAAGAAAAAAUCUGAUUGGUCGGAAGGGUGCUGACGUGGAUGCGUAGGAGGGCUGGAAUUUUGAAAUGGUGAAGGUAGUUUUUGGAAAAGCCUUUAUAUAUUUUAUAGAAGAUGGUUGGUAAAAUCUCUUUGGGUAGCUCAGUGCGGUGUAAGUGGACGUUGCCCGUAUUCGUCGUCGGGACUUGAUUGGUAGACAAAAGAAUCGACCAAUAAAAUGCCGGACAGCGAAUGUCAGUGGCCGCGCGAGGCUGCCCGACGGAUCCCUCCAGUUUUCUUCCUUGUCCUCUCUCGCAUCAAUAUCUGCUGUCACCUUCUUCACCUAACCCCUCUCCUUUCCUCUCCGCUCCCUGCUCAGCCACCAACUCCAAUCACAAGGCACCCCUGAAAUCCCCUCCCAUCGAAAAAAGAAAGAAAAUAAAAACCCGUUACUCUCUCGCGUCCAAGGCUGCCUUCCUUCCUCCCACGAUUCCUCCUUCGUACGAGGCUAGGAUGGAGGCCGAACUUUUGCCUAGAGCUUACUUUGCACCUGGAAUUGCAGCUGCUCCGACUACAGAUGCCUUCAAGUUCUCCAGCCCACUUUGCUGCCGUCUUUCUCUGGGAACACGAGGGGUUUCAGUGUCCUCUUCAAGUCCUGCCAAGCAUCGCAUUUUCUGUGCCAACUCCUCCGCUGGGUAUGUCAUCCCUGAUUUCUUCCCCAAUAUUGAUUGCUACCGUUGACAGUUAGACUAGGCCUAACUGAACAACAGUUUGCUUCUUUGUGCAAUGCACGUUGAUUUCAUGAGUUUGGUGCUGUAUAUGGAGAAAAUGUUAGAUGGAGGCGCUCAAUCCGAUUCUUGCUUGUAUUGAAUGUUUGGCUGAUAGAGUGCCAAUUGCCCUUUUCCCACUGGUUUUCUGAUUCCAGAUAUGUGUGUAUGUGUGUGUGUCAGUGUGCGUGUGUUUGGUUGAAGAUUUUUGGGGUGUCCAUUUGGGUCUGCAGUCUGCUUGUGUGCCGUCAGCAGUCAGCUAUGAUUGGUAAUCAAAAGUGAGCUUCAUGCUUGACAAAGGAGAUUGUCAUAGUAACUAGUAUGCCCAAUUGACUAUUUAGUUUAGAGAUACCAUUUACUUAUCACGGCUUGGUCUGAGUAAACCUUGGGUCCAAAAUUCCCAAAUAUCUAUCUACUGUUCUGCUAUUUUGCUUCUUGUUUCAAAGGGCCAUGGGUUAUGGUUAGAUUCCAUAACCUAUUGGUGAUAUGAGGGUUCUUUCUUUGUAGUUUGGAGAAGAAGGAAAGGGUGGACGAAAGUGACACUCUGACACUAGAAAGCGUAAGGCUUUCCUUGAUUCGUCAAGAAGACAGUAUAAUAUACAACCUUUUGGAGAGAUCCCAAUACUGUUACAAUGCCGAUACCUAUAAUCCGGAUGUUUUUUCCAUGAAUGAUUUUCACGGUUCUCUAGUUGAAUACAUCCUUAAAGAAACUGAAAAGCUUCAUGCCAAGGUAGGCAGAUACAAAAGUCCCGAUGAAUAUCCUUUCUUCCCAAAUGAUUUACCUGAACCAUUGUUGCCACCAAUGCAAUAUCCCAAGGUAUUGCAUAAAGUUGCCGAAUCAAUUAAUAUUAACGACACAGUAUGGAACAUGUACUUUAAAGAUCUACUUCCGAGAUUGGUCAAGCUAGGAAAUGAUGGAAAUUGUGGUUCCUCAGCAGUAUGUGACACAAUCUGCCUCCAGGCUCUUUCUAAAAGAAUUCAUUAUGGGAAAUUUGUAGCUGAGUCCAAAUUUCGAGCAAACCCAAGUGACUAUAAAACUGCUAUUGAAGUGCAAGACAGGGAAGGAUUGAUGGCUUUGUUAACAUACCCAGAAGUGGAGGAAAGAGUAAAGGAGAGGGUCGAGCUGAAAGCCAGGACCUUUGCUCUAGAAGUGACAAUGAAAGAAGGCAAAGUUGAAUCUGAAACAGUAUACAAGAUUGAACCAGACUUGGUUGCUGAUCUCUAUGGGAGAUGGAUCAUGCCACUCACAAAGGAAGUCCAAGUUGAGUACUUAUUGAGAAGGCUGGAUUAGGAUGUGAAACCAAGUUUGUUUCUGAAUGUUUUCCACGGUAGGAGAGAUUUUAUAGUAUUCCAAUGUAAAGAUUGAACGAGCAGGAAUCACUGGAUCUGGAAAUUGGGAAGAAACCCUAUAUGCUAUGAAAAUGCAGAUAUUGGUUUUCAUGAAUGAUAUUCAAUAGACGAGGUUCUUCUUUCCUCUUUAGUACUUUGAUUUUCGAUUGAUAAGUAUGUGUGAGGAUGCAAAGAAGAUUAUUUCAUGAAUGGUAUUCGAUAGAUGAGACUCUUUCUUACCCCUUUUUGUCAUUUGAGAUAUUAAUUGGGAUCAAUAUGCCUUGUAUCAGUUGUAUGCGUGAGGAUGAACCGAAAACUAGCAGCAGUCAACUCUACAUCCGACAUUUGAAAGUGGAAUGAGUGAUGAUUGACUUUCUCAGUUUUGAACCCGACAGAAGGUCUUAUAAGUUUUGACAGGGGACGGGAUACGGUGACAACCCCUAAGGGGUUGUCAGAUUCACAACCAAGGGUAUUUUGGGUAUGAAAAAAAGGAAUAUAUUAAUUACCUCUUUUGUAUUAAUUAUAUUGGAAAUUAAAAACCCAUAUUAAAUACAAUUUUUUUUUAAAUUUAAAUCCUAUACAUUAAUAUCUCUAUCUAUCUCUCUCUCUCUUCCUUUCUCCAGCGGCCACUCCGCAUCGACCGACAAACUUUUUCUCCGGCGAAUUCUCUCCGGCAGACUCCCUCCGGCAACCUGAAAAAAUGUACCAAUGUGUUAAAAAGUGUACCAAUCUAUUAGUCUACUGGUAAUUAAUAUACCAGUGCUAGUGGUACGCUACCAGUACGUUAAAAAAUGUACUAGUACUAGCGGUACCAAUAAAAAAUGUACCAGUACUAGUGGUACGCUACCAGUAGAGAAUAACACAACGCUACUAGCACUGGUAUUGGUACUAGUGAGUAGUGGUAGCGUACCAAUAGCGCUACCAGUGGUAUUGGUACCAAUAGCGCUACCAGUGGUAUUGGUACCAAUAGCGCUACCAGUGGUAUUGGUACCAAUAGCGCUACCAGUGGUAUUGGUAGCGGUACCAGUAGAGAAUAAAAAAAAACAGAAAAAUAAAAAGCACUCACAAGGAGGAGAAAAUUACGAAUCCAAACACGAACAUAGAAAGAAAAAAAUUUCCCCUCCUGGAAUCCGAUUCCUCGCUAGGAAAGAAAGCACACAAACCAGAACAAACGCACACAAAAGCAAAAUUGACCUCCAGAAUCCAUAUCGUUCUCACCCAAGCCAAACACAAUGCGGCAAAGAAGCAGACCGAGAGUAAAGUUACCGGAGCGGGAGAGAUCGAGAUCUGCGCCGGCGGCGAGCGGGGGAACUCGGGAAGAGCGGGGUUGGCGAUCAGAUCUAGAAACGCGAGGAAGAAUGAUGAUCGAAUGCAAAAACCUAGAGGAAUAGCUUGGAUUUGCGGACGGAAAUCACAUAAAUCAAAGCAAAGCAA